GAAGAAAAUAGUCAGCUGACUUGACUGUUGUUGAGUUCUUUUUGACAGUUUAAAGGCAGUUGUUUGUUGUUUAGUCAUUGAAAAUAUAUAGUUUUUGCAUUAAUACAUGUUAGUGAGUAAAUAACUAUGCUACGACCAAAGGCAUUAACGCAGGUUCUCAGUCAGGCGAACACAAACGGAGUCCAAAGCACACUCUUACUGAAUAAUGAAGGCUCACUUCUGGCGUACUCUGGGUACGGAGACACUGACGCACGAGUGACAGCUGCCAUCGCCAGCAACAUUUGGGCGGCCUAUGACAAGAACGGCCACCAAGCCUUUAAUGAGGACAAACUCAAAUUCAUACUCAUGGAUUGUAUGGAGGGAAGAGUGGCCAUUACUCGUGUUGCCAACCUACUACUGUGUAUGUACGCCAAAGAGACAGUGGGCUUUGGAAUGCUUAAAGCCAAGGCAGAAGCACUGGUGCAGUAUCUGGAGGAACCAUUGACCCAAGUGGCAGCAUCAUAGUGGAGAUGUGACUGAAGCUCUGCCUGUUGCUUCUGUCAACCUGGGGGAAAAAAGCAUCAAAUGAUCCAGGUCAUUAAUGGACUACUGUAACAUUCUGUGUACAUGCAUAUAUAUAUCUAUGAGUGAGUGAGUGAGUGAAUAUGUGUGUGGCUUGGAGGUGGAGGGCUCAGUGUAUUUAUAAACAUUGAAACUAAUAACUUGUAUGAGUUUUUAAAUAUUUGCCCUCCUUUUGUGUUCAUGUAUUGGUCGGUUGGAAGUCUGAUUAUACAGCUGCUGAAAUGAUUCCAUUAUCAGCCGGUCCCGCGGUUGAUUUAUUCAUUUGCAGUUCCAGUUCAGGCGUGCCGAUCACAGUUAGGCAUAAAAUUGAACAUUUUGAAU